GAGAGGGAGAGAGAGGGAGGCGAAGUGAGGUGAGGUGAGCGGCGUUGAAGCGAGGGCGAGCACAGGCAGGCUUGCACCCAGUGGAGCGUGUCGCCAGUGCCGAGGUGACAGCGGAGAAUGGAGACGAGGCUCCGGGGGCGAGCUGAGACCGCGGCGAGCGAGGAGAACCCACUCGGCUCUUUCCCUCUGGGGCCAGCGCGUUGAAAGGAAUCGGGAGGAAUUGAACUUUUCGGGGGCACGGGAAGGGAAUGGCCGAUCCUCUGCGGAGGACUUUACUAGCGAAACUCCGGGGGAAAAAAUCCAAGAAAGGAGAGACGCUCGGCGCUGGAUUGGGCUCCGCUGCCGCCGCUGCGAAUGUGGGCCGAGAAGGUAAAGAAAAAGUUUUGCAAAUGCAGCGAGACUCCGUCGAGGCUCGCCCGGUAGUCACGCUAUCAGGCCUGGAUUACACGGCAGAGAGAAUGAGCACGUACGAGAAUUGGGUUGACGGGCCGGCGGCGCAAGCCGCGGGGCUCGAGUUGCUCCGGCUGGCUCGCUCGGUGGAGCUAGCCGGCUCACGUCCGCCGUUGCUGAGCAGCGGGGGCAGGGGUCGGGUUAAUGGGCAGCUCCCGGGGGCCUCACUUCAAAGAGAGGAGCGCUUUGCGGGACAUGCGAUUACAGAGGCUGAUACGAGCCACUGGGAGCCCGCGGUCGCCCUCUCGGGAGGGGCGUCGUUUGCCCAGAGGAAACACUUCAUCUCAGUCCCGUGGCAAUGCAGCGUCGGGGAUUCAAUUGGCUUCGGGGACAACUCCAAUAAUAGUUCUUCCCUUGCACCAACUGUCAACUGCACUGCUUCUGAUUGGGAGCCCCUGGGUCGUGGACAUUCCCGACACGUGUCAAGAACUACGGUUGCUGUAAUGGUACACGAUGUCGACGACCGACGUUCGGAGACGCACGCAGAAGAAACCCUCUUCCGAACAAUUCAGAGCUUUGACCCCGCGUACUCAGAGGACUUCAGGGGCCCUCUGCAGAGCCCAGCCGUCUUCCCAACUGAGCUAGAAAUAUGUGACAUGAGCGUGGCAUCCAUGUGUGACACAAAGGGAUCGCUCAUGCGUCCUUUAGACAGUGAAGAUGAUGAUUAUUAUGAUAAUGAAAUUCUGCCUUUCUAUGAAACGAGAGCAAGAAUCGCAAUGGAUGGAGGAGAUGUUGCGGCGCUGCCCCAGAUAGGUCAGGGUGAAGCACAAGCUGACGAGAGCCACGGUGCCCAGGAAACAGACAGGCUUAGGAACCAGCUCAAAGAGGCGUAUUACCUCCUGAUUCAUGCUAUGAAUGACAUCAAUUUGGACCAGCAGGUAAGUGCUGGUUUCAGUGAGAAUCACACCACCUCCUCCUGUAGUAGCCACUCUAGGGAUAGCUUGUGCUCAAGGUUGUCUGGCAGAAACAUGGACAGUGACUCGUGGUACUCUGGGGGUGACCACAGCCCCCAGCAGGGGUCUGACACAGAUUCCUUGCUACUGUGCCUUGGUGGGAACAUUGAGUCAGGUCUCAAAAGCACACGAAACAGUAAGAGCAUGAUGAAUCUAUCUCAGGAAAAGAUAAAACCUACUUUAGUGCGUUCUGCCAGUGACGGAGACUUUAGGUAUGCAGGUGGACCUUUGCAGUGCACCAAUCCUCUUAGAGCCAGUUCAGUCGUGUGUGACGAUGAAGUUGUUUCACAGCAAAAAUCAGAUCAAGAGAGCGAGGAGGCUGAAGUUAUAGGAAUGGGUGAGCUUGCAAAACCUCAGAUGGUCUACAAUGUACCCAGCGCUGACAGCCGUUUUCAUGAAGCUGCUGGUGAGAGCCUUGUUGAAAGCAGCGGUUCAGUCAACAGCCUUACUGGCUCUUCGGACAGCAACACAGAGGGAUCAGUGCCUCCUGGUUCUGAUUACAAGCAGCAGCCAACUGGAGUUUCAGCACAGGGAGGCAACUUAGUCAACAAGGGCCACGGUGUCACCGUCCACAAGAUGCAACAGUGGAUGCACAAAGGUCGCCUGUUGUCAUCUGAAAUGAAGCAACGGAUAGAGGGUUCAUCCUCGCCCCGCGGUGGGAGCCAAAACCAUGAACGUCCCUCUCCAUCCGGCCGAGUGGUAAAAACUGUGAAGUCCCCUGCGAGCAAGACACCACAGCAUUCAGCUCUCAUUGAGAAUGCCCAAACUCAAGAGGCUGCCAGGGCCAAUGAGCUUUCAGCAUGGCGACCACACCUCCACUCCAUCACGGUGGCCAAGAAGCGCAACUGGUUGCAGCAGAGCACCCUUGGAAAGGGGAACCAUUCCAGUAAGGAUGAGUUGCAGGGCAAGCUGGGAGCUGAGGAAGAGGCCUGCCUGGGCUACCCACAGCUGCCACCUCCACCCAGUCCUUCCCCAGAGCAACUGAGAUGUUCAGGGUCACCAACUGCACGGCCGGCCCACCUGCAUCAACCCAAGGUGAGUGUGUCGCCUCACCCCAGAAGUGUGGACCCAGCAGAAGAGAAUGAUGCCGACGACGAAGGGGAGAUCUGGUACAACCCAAUUCCUGAGGAUGACGAACUUGAGGUGUCCAACAGACCCUCUGUCCGACUGCGUGCCCCCUCUCGAACUGAGCCUCAGAGGAGGCCCUGUAGGGGUCACAAUGGGAGGACCCUGGAGACCAGUGGGCCAGACUUGCUCGGAGAAAGCAGCUCAGGAGAUGGAAGUCAAGGAAAUGCUGCACAUUCGACAGAGGCGCUACAUCUGCACCGUCAGAUGCUUAUGUGUAAACCUCAGGAGGAGGGAGGGCCUUCCACUAGCAAAUCUAUUGACGUUCCUGACUUGCCCAAUAGUGUUGGAUUCUCCCCUCCUUCCAGCCCAAACCCUACUAAGAAGAUCAGCUCCAUCAACUGGUCAUUCCCAGACAAGAUCAAGUCUCCGCGCACCGUCAGGAAAAUCUCCAUGAAAAUGAAGAAGCUUCCAGAGCUCAGCCGGAAACUCAGCGUUAAGGGUCAAAGCAGCAGUAACAGCAGUGGAAGUAGUUAUUUAGAGCACAGAUCCCAUUCACUCCGAGCCACAGGUGGGGGGUCUGAGGCCACAUCCCAUAGUGCAGCCCCUCAACGAUUGAUUGUAUCUGGUGUUGGGCUUGCCAGCCGAAAUGUGAUCUCACGCUACCACUUGGACAGCAGCGUGUCCACACAGCACAGCUUCAAUAAGAAGAAAAACAAUGCCAGCUCCAAAUCUGCCACUAAAGGUGGAUACUUAAGCGAUGGCGAUUCACCAGAACUGGUGGCUAAAUCUGGGAAGCACUGUCCUGUUGAGGGCAAGGGAGGCAGAUGUAAGGACAUAGAAGGACCAAGUGGAAGCUCAAAACUAAAUGGUACAGAUUUGGACAUAGAUGCUUUCCGACAUUAUAGUUUCACAGAGCAGCCCAAAUGUAGCCAGUACAUCUCGGGACUGAUGAGCCUGCACUUUUAUGGUGCUGAGGACCUCAAACCGCCUCGCAUUGACUCUCGCGAUGUCUACUGCGCCAUUCAAGUGGACUCCGUUAACAAAGCACGGACUGCGCUCCUUACCUGUCGAACUACCUUCUUGGGGAUGGACCACACCUUCAAUAUCGAGCUGGAGAAUGCCCAGCAUUUGAAGCUUGUUGUGUUCAGCUGGGAGCCUACGCCAAGGCGAAAUCGUGUCUGCUGUCACGGCACAGUGGUCCUACCUGCACUCUUCAGGGUAAUACGCUCCCACCAGCUGGCAGUUAAGCUGGAACCUCGCGGGCUGAUAUAUGUCAAGUUGAACCUUAUGGAGCAGUGGCAGAACUCCUUGGAUGGAAGACCAGAUGGCAACAGGGAGCCCCAAGUCUUUGGUGUGGAGGCAUGGCGGGUGGUGGAGAGGGAGGACACUGGACUCUUGGUGCCGCUGCUUAUAAGCAAAUGCAUCCAUGAGAUUGAGAAACGAGGUUGCCAGGUGGUGGGGCUUUACCGUCUUUGCGGUUCUGCAGCUGUAAAGAAGGAGUUACGAGAGGCGUUUGAAAGAGACAGUUACGCUUUGGAAUUGUGUGAAAACACCUACCCUGACAUCAACGUAAUUACAGGCGUAUUGAAGGACUACCUACGAGAGUUGCCCUACCCUCUGAUCACCAAGCAGCUGUAUGAGGCAGUAUUGGACUCCAUGGCCACCAGACCCCUGAGGAUGGGAGCAGCGGGCUGUGAGAAUGACCACGCCGAUUCAGAAUACACCGUCAGCCUGCUGGACAACCUGCCGGAGGUGGAGAGGAUGACACUGCGGAAGCUUCUUGACCACCUCAAGUUGGUGGCAUCCCACCAGGAAGUGAACAAGAUGACAUGUCAGAACUUGGCAGUGUGUUUUGGCCCUGUGUUGCUCAGCCAGCGUCAGGAGGCAUCCUGCCACGCCAACCGAGUCUUCAUCGACUCCGAGGAACUAGCCAGUGCGCUGCACUUCAAAAAGCACAUUGAAGUCUUGCACUACUUGCUGCAGCUCUGGCCAGUUGUGGACCCUCACGAUCAGUCCUCCUCUCCUGAAGCCUCUGACUCACUCAAGGGCCCUCCCUUACGGCGGAGAAAAGAGCGCCCGCAGGUGUUGAACUUGACCGAAGCGGAGAUGGCGGGUGUUCUGCGGCCCAAAGCGGGCCGCCUGGACAGCCCGAGCAACCGCUACGCGGGCGACUGGAGCGGCUGCGGCGAUAGCUACUUCCCCUCCGAGAUGCUUCUGCUCCCUCACAGCAAAGAGGAAGUCGACUACGACGAUGUGCCCUCAGAGGAUACAGACACAGCUGACGAGGACGCGGAAUCCGCCGCGCAGGAGGACACGAGCCCUUUGCCGGGUCCUGCCGAGCAGGUGCAGACUCUGAGCGAGGAUGUGGCCGAGGAGGAGGAGCAGCUGGACUAUAUGGACGAAGAUGAGGUGGUGGUGGUGGAGGCAAAGCAGGAAGAGAACGAUGGUUGCGGCAACCGGCAGCAGUCGGAUGAGGAAGAGAAGCAAAGUGUGUGUGAGCACAUCUUGCCGCCGCGGCUCCACAAGGAGCACGCGUACCAGGCUUACAUGAAGAUCCAGGACAUCAGCCCCGUGCUGAGCAACAGGGUGAACUUGAGAGACCUUCAGGAGAGCAUCGACACUCUCAUCGGGAACCUAGAGAGAGAACUCAAUAAGAACAAGCUCAACGUCGGAUACUAAAUCCUCUAACAGACACUUGAGGAGCGCUCCCAAAGGGGGAGUCAAAACAACAACAAAAAAAAGGGGCAAAAAUAUGUUGCCCCCACUAGUCUAAACAUGGUAUUCUGAUGAAUGUGGUGUUCAUGGCAUAAAAAUUAAACAGAUAAAGUCAUCAAUUUUCAUCCAUCUCAGGAGGCCGCCAUGCUGGGCAAUAUCGCCCUGCGCUGUUGACCGAAAUUGACGUCACGAGUGCCCUCGCGCUUGGAUUGCAAACGUCGUGUGACCCAAUCCGGAAAUCAGGUUUGCAGACCUUUUUUGUGCGCCGCGAUUCCAGCAAGUUGGGUUUCAAACCAUCACGUAAUUAACCCGUAGGCAUGCUGCUGUAGUUAUCGCAGCAUACACAGCGAGAUUGUUACAUGGUAUACAGUAUAGGCAAUGGUAAUCGGAAUACCAUGUUAUAGUGGGGACACAUAAUGCAUAUUCUUGCCGCCCCAAAAAUUGCAUUUACUUCCCCUUUGUCAGGGAGUGAUCCUGUAACGACAUCAUCAUCGAAAACCAGAUAAAUCCUGAAAUCACUUUAAAUGAAAUCACAUUGAACAGGGUACUUCUUUCCCACAGACAUUCCUUCAUGUUUUUCUUCUCCUUCGUCUUGAUGUUCCAGUUUUAUGUUCCACGUCGUUGCUUUUCUUCUUAUUAGAAGAUUCCAUUGACCCCUCAGGGGUUUAAAAGGUGCCUUAAUUGUGUGAAGGUGGUCAACCACAUGCAAAAUCCACCCUGAAACACCCUGCACCCCCUCUCUAUGCUAUGAAGUCUUGGAUGCUUUUCCACUACGUUUGAAAUAAUAAGCUGUAUCAUAUUGAAUUUCUGUGUCUAACUCAGUAAAUCGCCAAUGGAGUACAGAAUACAAAGUUGCUGACGGGAUUCAGAGCACACAUCCAGUUUAUAAAAUGUGUUAGUUUCAGAGUAAAACGUAGUUUUCCUUCCACAGAAUUUCUUUUUUUUUUUUUCCCUGGCAGGCUUCAGAAGCAACAUUUGUCAUGGAGCACUUCCACUUCUUUUCAACAGCAGGAAAGAAUUUCAGAAGCAUUAGAACUUUCAUUAAGUAUUUCUUUCCAACCAAAAUAGGCAAUUGGGUUAUAAAAAAAUGUGCUGAAAAAACAAAUAACCAGAAAAGAGAAACCCUAAGAGAAACGUGUUCAAGCCCACCAUUAGUGAGCAGACCUGACUGUGUCUUCCUUAUCUUUGGUAGGAAAAACUAAAAAGAUUCUACCUUUUAAAAUUACAAUUUUAUCACAAGUGUUCCGUUUUCUAGUUGGGAAGCUUACCAUUUAUAAAGUGAUAAAGUCCAUUCAUCGAAAAUUGCACUUUCCUAAAUUGAGGGCGUCACAAACAUAAGUUAAUAGGAUCCCAACAACCAAAGCCAAUUUCCUCAUUUGUUAUCCCAAAUGCAAACCUAAACCCCCAAAAAUGCAUCCCUAAGUGGGUUGUACAGAAUGUAUGAGAUUCUUCCUCAUCAUGUGUAUUAUUGCCGUUUCCAGCUAACAAAGAUGACAGGAUUUGUUCUGUUCUCCAACCAAGGCUACACAGAGAUUUGACACAAGAUGUUUUAAAUCGCUCACAUCUGUAUAACGCUAAUGCACUUACAAAGCAGGCUGUGGUUUCAUUUGUCAUUAUGGUUCAUUCAGUUAAAGUACAGUACUGUGUGUCUCAAUUAAAUUAAGAGAGAAGAGCACCUCUUCAGAGGUCAUGGGCCAUGGAAACCCGUUCCAUGAAGCUCUCAGCACACUGUUCUUGUGCUAAUCUGAAGGCCACAUGAAGUUCGGACUCUGCAGAAAGUUAGCAACCUCAGCAUCUGCUGACCUUGCUCCCUCAGUGGCCUACCACUUCGUGGCCGAAUUGCACAGAUGUUUGUUAAUACAGUCUGCAUGCCGAGGUGCUUGAUUUUAUACACCUGCGGCCAUGGAAGUGAUUGGAACAGCUGAUUCCAAUGAUUUGGAUGGGUGAGCGAAUACGUUUGGCAAUAUAAUGUAGAUUGGUUAGCAUAGAUGACAUUCAAAAUAUUUGAAUUUGGUACACAAUAAAAAUUGCCAAUCCAAAA